AAGUUGGGAUCUCUGCGCGUGCUGUCUGGAAGCAGCCAGGCAGGUGGACGCCACGGGAGCGCGUCACUGGCGGGCGGGCGGGGGGCGGCAGCAGCGGCUGUGUGUGCGAUCCGUGGGCAGGGCAGGCAGAGCCGGAGCGCCUCUCGCCGCUGGGAGCAAGAGUUGCUCGCCGAGUUGCGCGGCAGAGGCGGGCGAGCGCGCAGGGGGCUGUCCUCACGUGGUGUCGACGCUACUGCUCGGCGCUGCCGGACCGAUCCUGGGCUAUAAAGCGAACCGAGAGCCUGGAAGGCAGUGCUCGAGCGGGCGGCAGUGGCUGUGGACUGCGCCGGUUCCUCGCCGAGAAGCCGCUGCCCGGACCCUCCACCCAGAGGGAGCCGCGCCUACCUUUCCCCAAACGCCCCACGUGCGCCCCCCCGGCAGGACGAACAACGGAGGGCGCCUCUUCCAGUCCGCGAUCUGCUUUGCUGGGAGGGGACGCGCGGCCAGCCUCGCCUCGCCUCGCCUCGCCUCUGGGAAAAGUCCAGCUUCUGCCCUGCCCUGCCCUUCGCCCCCGGCCCUUCUCUAGGCGAAGGUAAGAGGAACUUUUGUCUCUCAUCCCCGCCUUGAAUGACUUCUUAAGGAGCCCCUCCUCCCCUUCCCGUCUGGACCUAUCUGGAGAGAUAAGAAGGAAGGGGUCUGCUUCGUCCCACCGAUCUGCCUGGAGGUGAUCAGACUGGGCAGGGAAAGGCAUUGAAGACCCGCUCUUUGCUGGCCGAAGAAAACUGAAUCGGAGCCGAUUCUCUACCGCUCCCCUUAUUGCUGCUGCUGCUCUUGCUCUCGUCACUGUAGUAAACAAGAACUAUGAGAACUGAAGGCGGCUGUUGCCACUGCUGAUCGGAUUAAGGCAUCUCUCGACACACACACACACACAAGACGGACCAGACGUAUAAGUCCACCAGGCACAGAGCUCCUGAGAGCCAUCCUCCGAGCAGGGUCUAUCUUGGGGUCACAUACACCAAUUGACAGCAGAACUGGGGUUGAUGAUUAACCCGGAAGGCCCAUUCACGGAGAGGGGGGAACUCUUCUUUUCUCAGGCACACCCACACCCUCAGCCCUUGGAGGAAGGCAGCUACCCGUUGCACAUGGAUGGCAAUGGGAGUCGGAAUGGAAGUGAUUCUGGGCAUAGAGAGGGCCUCCCCUAUCCCUUACACACCACCUUGGCCCUCAUCUCUCUGGCCACGCUGCUCAUGCUCUUCACCAUCUUUGGCAACGUCUUGGUCAUAAUUGCCGUCUUCACCAGCCGAGCACUCAAGGCUCCUCAGAACCUCUUUCUCGUCUCCUUAGCCUCGGCGGACAUCCUGGUGGCCACACUGGUCAUCCCUUUCUCUCUGGCCAAUGAGGUGAUGGGCCACUGGUACUUUGGCCGAGUGUGGUGUGAGAUCUACGUGGCCUUGGAUGUGCUGUUCUGCACCUCUUCCAUUGUACAUCUCUGUGCCAUCAGCCUAGACCGCUACUGGUCAAUCACUCAGGCCAUUGAGUACAACCUCAAGCGCACGCCGCGUCGCAUCAAGAGCAUCAUUGUCCUUGUCUGGGUCAUCUCGGCUGUCAUCUCUUUCCCACCACUCAUCUCCAUUGUGAAGCAUGGUGAACCUGAGAGUGAUCAAGAAGCCCCCACCUGCAGUAUCAACAAUGAGACAUGGUACAUCAUCUCCUCCAGCAUUGGCUCGUUUUUCGCUCCCUGCCUGAUCAUGAUCCUGGUCUAUGUCCGAAUCUAUCAGAUUGCAAAGAGGAGGACUCGUGUCCCUCCUGGCAAAAGAGCAGAAACUACAGAGAAAAAACAAAAUGGGCUGACAGACAAGGAGGAUGUCCCUGCAAUGACCAAACUUAAUGGAGAGAAGGCAGCAGGGGCAGGAGGGAGCCAGGAAAGGGAAGAAGUCAAUGGCAUAGACCUGGAGGACACCUCCUCCUCAGAACACAAUGAGAACCACCAGUCCAAAAAGCAGGAGAAGCAACAAAGGGGCAAAGGGAAAACCAAACUAAGCCAGAUUAAGCCUGGGGACACUUUGCCUAGUAGUAGAGUAGAGGAGGAGAGGAAUACCAAAGCUUCCCGGUGGCGGGGCAGGCAGAACCGAGAGAAACGCUUCACCUUUGUGCUUGCAGUAGUGAUUGGGGUUUUUGUGGUCUGCUGGUUUCCUUUCUUCUUCACCUACACAUUGACUGCUGUUUGCAAAAGCUGCUGGGUGCCUGAUACCCUCUUCAAGUUCUUCUUCUGGUUUGGUUAUUGCAACAGUUCCCUUAACCCUGUCAUCUACACCAUCUUCAACCAUGACUUUAGGAGGGCCUUUAAAAAAAUUCUCUGCAGAAUAGAGAGGAAAAGGAUUGUGUGAGGAAUGGACCCAAGUUUAUUGGGAAAGUAGAUUUUCUUAGAGAGGCUCAGGCUCAGCUCUGGCUGGAACUGAACGCAAGUGGUGUCUCUAGCUGAUUUCUGAGCUAUGACUCUUCAAAGACUUCAUCUGAAAGAAAACUAUUAAAACACUAGUGCACAGCCUUGGGCCAAGUGGAUAUGUGCCUGCCUAGUGAUGGGUGUAAAGACCUGUCUGUAACUCUUGUUUCUAUACAGUCCUUAGCUUGCCUCUUUACCAACUGAAAUGAACCAGCUGGGGUGGGACAGGGAAGCAACAAAGACAAAAGUAAGUCAUAUUUCAGAAGCACUUUCUAUUUUUCAUUUGGACAAUAUGUAAUUAACUCUGAAGAACUUGUAAAAACAACAGUGUUGCAUCUUUGAGAUCCGUACAUCUGAUGACUUUUUUGUAGGAGAAAUUCGCUUUGAAACUGCUUUACAUAGUUUUUGGGAACUUGACAAAGUGAGUGGACUAUUGGAGCCAUCUAAUCAAUCCUAAAAUAUUAAAGAAUCGGGAUUUCCAAUGUGGUGUUGGAUUGGGGGGCGUUAAAAACUGGUAACAUAAACUUAACAGCCAGUGUUUUUUGUAUUCCUUAUGUGUAACUACUUGUUUGUAUUACAUUUUUGUGUUGUAUCUCUGCAGUAUUGUUAAAAAGCUGUAUCUCCUCUUAACAUCAGCUGAAGGAACAUAUGUUAAAAGUUUCUAGACAGCACGGAUGCUGCAAAAAUGAUGAGCUUCUUUUAACUUGGGAUGCUCAAGAGCAAUUAGGUUCUUCAAGGGUUAAGAUGAAGUAUUCCUCCUUUAUAUCACUGCACUGAUGUAUGUUCAAUGCUAACUUAUUUCCCCUACCUGUGGCUAUAAAUAGAUAACAUGAUAAAUGCUACCCUUUGUUUCACUUUCCAGUGUUAUCUGAUUUGCAUUGAUUUGUUUUUUAACAUGUUCAUCUGUGCUAGGUGUCCAGCCCAAGAAAAUUCCUUUCAUGCACAAGGACACUUGUAAUUUUGAGUCCUUACAGAAAUGCCAAAUUUUCAUUCUUCCAGUUUCAGGUUUGGUGUAUUAAAAUCAUUUUUCUUAUUUCCCCUAGAGUGGAUAUUAUAUGUACUCAUAAGAGAGAGAGAGAGAGAGGAUGGUGUAAUUAGACUGUUUGUAUUAUACAAAAAUGCAUUCAGAUACAGGAAAGAGUUAAUACAUUUGUUAACUAUCUUCCUGCUUUUUCCCCCAGAAGUAUCUACUGCAAAUAACUUAACAUCCAUGCCAUAAGACAAACAUCCUGAAGAUAAUUUUUAAAAGGUGGGUGGUGGGAACCCUUGACAUGUUUUAAACGUUGUAACAGUAUACUCCCUGCUUUUGCUUUUCUUACCAUCCAUCCUGAUGAAGAGUACUUAAGAUUUUGUGGUGUUUUUGGUUGGUCCCUAUGAAGGUAUAACUAGAAUGUGACUUUUGGAUUUUUCUUAUGGACCAACAUGGUUACCUACAAUUUUUCAGAUGGAAAACACUGCAUUUAGCCAUCCUGGAGAAGGAUUUUGAAACUGGAGGAAAACAUCGUCUAUCACCUGAAGAGAGGAUGCUUUUUUUUUUUUUUAAAUGGAAUGCCUCCCAACCUCUAGGUAAUACUACCAUUUGGUUCUGUUGACUUUCUGCUAGUGAAAACACCAACAUUAAUCUCCAGAGGUUUUUUUUUUAAAUAUUAAAAAAUCUACCACAUUUCUUUUAUUUCUGUUUUCUGCCAUAUAAGGAGGUGUGUGCUUUGAUUUGCGCUGGAGAUGGAACAGAGUAAAUGGUUAGAUUUUUAUAUUUUCUACAAAUGGGUAUGGUCAUUAUUCCAGAAACUCAGGGUGCAGCCUGAGAUCAUGUCUAGCACCUAGUGAAGUUGAUGACUAUAAGUCUGCAUAACUCAAGCUGACUCUAUCUUAAGACUUCUAUAAAAUGCAGACACUUUAGGGCCAUGUUUCCAGGCCUAGCUCCUCCCCGCUUUUCUUUUUCUUGACACCAAGCCUGAUGAAGGGUUCUCAAGAAUGUGAAACCUAGCUGCUCCAAAUUUGUGUUUUGGUUGGUCCUAAUAAAGGUAUUAUUAAAAAGUGGCAUUUCCCCCCUGCCCCUUCAUGGACCAACAGGGCUACCUACCAUUUACAUUAAAAAUGAUAACUGGCCGCCUAAGUUUGUGACCAGUUACACAUGUCCAUAGUUUAUUAUUACCUCCACAACUGUAAGGUUGACUGGCUGCUUUCCCCCUUUCUUAAGGGAUGCUCAUUUAAAUGAAUUGAUCCUUUCCCUAAAAAUAUCGCCCUUCUGUAGAAAACAGUGAUGUCCCUUAUUUCAAAUACUACAACUCCACCGAACUAUGUAAGAGAGCAGACAUAUGCUCUCAGCAGUACCUUCUAGAUCUGAAAUUUUAAUGUGGCAGCCCUGCUUAGUCUAACACAACAGAGCUGUCAAAUGUGACACUAAUGGAGGAGGGCGAGGGGGAUUGCUUUUUGAACAACAGAAGUGUCACUUGUGUACAACUUUGAAACUGUUUUGUAGUUGGGGAACCUGAUACAAAUGUUUACAAAGAACUUUUUAACACAGAUUUUUUCAGAUUUCUUCUUCCUUUUUUCUUUUUAAAGGACAAACUUCUGGCCAUUUCCCAGUGGGGAGGAAAUCCUUUUGUAAGAACUGUAUAUCAGCAUACAGAUCUGUAUUGUUUCUUAAGUGUGCACCAGCACGUAAGUGCGCACAUUGAGGUGAACCAACUGCUGCAGCAGCACACAGUGCCAUAAAAUGUGACGCUGUGUUACCAUUGUAAUCACAUUGCAAUGGUUUCAUAGUGAUGCUGUGACAAGUGUUUAGAAUCAGGGGUCUGGAGCAGUAUUUUACCAUUUCCCUUCUAUUCGUUUAUAGAAUGCGAUAACACUUUUGUUUCCUUUUUGAUGAUAAGAUGUAAUUAUAAAUAAAGGUCCACAAUCAAAA